AUGAGUUCACACGCGAAAAGCUGGGAAAAGAUCUUCAAAGACGACCAGUUUGUGAAACAAUACAAGACUGGAGAACAGGUCACGGGUCGAUUCGCGCAGCUCCUCAUCGAUCAGAGUGGCAUGGUAGCCGACUCCGGUUCUGACACUCCGCUGGUCAUUCUUGACAAUGGAUGUGGUACUGGUGUCGUUUCCAGUCUCUUGCAAGAUCAGAUCAAACGCAAAAUGCAGCUGACCUGCGGAGAUAUUUCGCAGGGCAUGUUGAAUAUGGUCAAAGCCCGCCGAGACGAGGAGGGUUGGCGAGAUGCACACAUCGAGAUGGUAGACGCGCAGAGUUCUGGACUUCCUCCCUCGCACUUCACACACGUCAUUGCUUCCUUUGUCUUCAUGGCACUUCCUAGCCCGCUAGCAGCUCUUGACGAUGCUACCAGAAUUCUGCGACCCGGCGGUACUCUGGCGUUCUCAACCUGGAUAGAACCUGGUUGGCUCGGCGUCAUGCAUGAAUGUAUCAGAACAAUCUCUGAAGACCUUCCAUGGCCGACUGCUUCACAAUUCCUUGAAAUCGUGAACAACGGCAAAUGGAAUUCAGUUGAAUGGAUCAUUUCCGAGCUAAAGAAGCGAGGUUAUGAAGACAUCAACGUGCGCCCUGUGGCAGAGCAUGUGUCACUCGGCGUCCCUCAAUUUGAGGAAAUGAGUAUGACGAUGUUCCCAAUGGUCUCAAAAGCGUUCUGGACAGAGCAACAACGCGAAAACCACGCCGAUGAGGUUCGCCCGGCGAUGAAGGAAUAUCUUGAGACCACUUACGGGUGCAACGGCCAAAUUCCGAUGGAGUGGACUGCUAUCAUGUCCACGGCUCGGAAGCCAAAUUAG